CCCUCAGCCCAACUGCCAUCAUUGCUCCACACCAGGUUUGGCACUGCUCGGUAAAGUAACUCCUCUUUCUUCUUUUGAAGGGACAUGAUCACGUAUGUCGGAAGAAAUCAAAUGGGAGCAGGAAUGUGCGCAUAUUUCUUUUAAUUUCAAACAUUAACCAGUAAUCAAAAGCGAGUUUUAUCUCAACGUGACUGCUGUUUCUGGUCCCGGACUAGCAGGGUCCCUUUUAGAGACUCAUUUCCCCGCUUCAUAUUUUAGUAAUUGAAAGGAAUAUUUUAUUGGGUAGUGAGUUAUAUCACGAAAGGAGAAGAAAGCUCGUCUGCGUCGGGUAGGAUCCGUCAUGCCGUCUUUGCAACAGGCGGGAGAAACUGUAUCAAGUAGCGACGCAUCACGAUUGGACUACCCCGGUUAUAUGGAUGGUACCCUUGACGACCUUUUCCCCAGAUCUCCCGGCACAGACAGUGAGUCUUUGAUGUCCAUAGCUGAACUGCUGGGGCUCAACAUGCCCCGCGGCUCCCUGGUGGGGGCGGGGACGGGGUCGGGCUCCCUCCAGGGGAACCAUGUCGGCGGCCGCGGUCAGGUGGACUCGCAGACCGCGCCUGCUGCCCCCUUCUUCAUGUCAUUCUCGGGAGACGACAGCGGCUACCAGACCAGCCACCCCGGCAGCCCCCUGCCUCACGACAUGUCCUCGCCAGGGAAGUCCGUGGCUGCUGCGGCGCGCGCUCGCGCCCGCUUGGACUCUGCGGGCACCUUCCCCCCGCUGUCUCCUUCGCCCUCCCCCUCCCCGACGGCUCAGGGCUCGGGGCCCUUCUCGCCCAGCACAUCAGACUGGCGCAGGGCGCUCGACGAGCGCCGUCUCAUGAAUUCUCGAUCAAAUUCCCCCGAGUCUGACUCUAGUAUCGGUAGUGUGGACAAUACAAACCUAUCUGAGCUCAUGAGCUGCCUGUAUCGUCAUGCUCGCAAUCGCAGUGAUUCAGGGCUGUCUACAGGCCUUCCUAGUAAUGGUGAUCAGCGCCAGCAGGAGCUGACUAACCUGACCAAUCUCCAUGCCCUGCAGGCACUGACCAACAAUAAUCCAAAUUUGUACAACUAUCAACAUGAUCAGCAGCUGCAGUCCCCUCUGGGUUCUCCUCUGUCCUCGCCUUUGGCACCCCCCGACAAAGCAUGGAGCCCAGGGUCCUUGCCCAACUCCAUGUCUGGCUCUCUGCCUGGCUCACCCCUGUAUAUGUCCAGCCCAUUGCGAGGACCUGGGCCUCUGACCACCCCUAGCACUCCCCCCUCACCAGGCUCUAGCCCCAUGGCCAGGCUCAGUCUCAGCUUGGAUCAACACAGGACCCAGCGCUUGAGUGGUGUCUCAGCAGCUGACUGUGAUGCUACUUGCACUUGGAGCGGAACACUACCUACCAGGUCUUUUGAGAAUCCCAACUUUUCAGUUAAGGUGUUUCUUGGUGGAGUUCCAUGGGAUAUAACUGAACCAAUGCUUGCACAUGGACUCAGACAGUUUGGUAUGGUCCGUGUGGAAUGGCCUGUUAGCAAACAGCCUGGUGUCCCACCACCUAAAGGGUAUGCUUAUAUCAUCAUGGAAUGUGAAAAGCAGGUGAAAGCCUUACUUAGGUCUUGCCGGUCCAACUUCUCAAGUGGAGGAGGGAACUGGUACUUCAAAAUUUCAUCUAAGAGGAUGAAAGCUAAAGAUGUACAAGUUAUCCCUUGGAUGACAAGUGACACAAAUUGGGUGCGCAGCCCCUCUCAGAAAUUGGAUCCCGAAAAGACUGUGUUUGUUGGUGGUCUGCAUGGCAUGUUGAGUGCUCAUGGAUUGGCCAUAAUCAUGAAUGAUCUGUUUGACGGUGUUGUGUAUGCAGGAAUUGAUACUGACAAGUUCAAGUAUCCCAUUGGAUCUGCCAGAGUGACCUUCAACAACAACCGCUCUUUCUUCAAAGCCAUCAAUUCACGUUUUGUAACAAUCAAAACGGAUCAGUUUUCUAAGAAAGUGCAACUCCUCCCGUAUCUUGAAGACUCCCCAUGCUCAGUGUGUUCAGUUCAGCAUGGUCCCUACUUCUGUAGAGAGUCUUCUUGCUUCCGCUAUUUCUGCCAUUCCUGCUGGCAAUGGGUCCAUGCCCAGGGGCACCUUGCAUCUCACAAACAUCUGACCCGUUCUACUAAGAGUGUUCUGGCUCUUGACAUUAGAGCUCCUACCCGCCGUGAUCUCAACCGAUUGCCUGUUGUAGAUGGUCUGCAGUAAUUUUAUUUAUGUUUAAUUUUGUUUUUGUUUUUUUAAGUUUUCAUUUUCCUAUGACAGGAAAUGUUUUCAAUAACGUAGACUAGAUUUUUUCUUUGGACAAAAGUCUUUUCAAUGGUGCGUGCGUACUUAGAGCCUUUCAUUCCUGUACCUCUGGAAACGUUUUAAGUUACAUUUUUCUUAAUUUAGUUGAGCAGCUUCUUGUUGGUAUCUAACUUCAGUCUAUAUCAAGGUUGAUUUGUCUAUUUAUAGUUUUAACAAGAGUGAUAACAAAUUAUUAUACUGUGAGAUGAGGCUUUUCUUAUCUAGUAGUUAUUAUCACCAUAUUUUGAAAGCCUUUAAAUUAGUGACUUAAAUUAAAUCUUAGCAUUAUUUGAAGACUGUUUAAGACAACCAUGGUAGUUGACACCAGCUGGGUUUUAGUAUCUUGCAUUAAUGUAUUUUAACUAGUUGCCCCAUCGAUUGUAGAGUAAUUGACAAGACAAUUAAUGAUGUCAUUGAUUUCAUCCAACCAUCAUCUUUCAAAUCAUGAAGGUGAAGUAGCAAUUGAUAUAGCAAUCAUAAUUAACAUUCUACAGCUGGUGACUGUAUUGUAUAAGCCUAGAACAAUUUUAAGUCUGUCAGUAAUUUUAUGACAAUGUCCAACCUUGUUCCUUUUUACUCAUUCCAUCAUCUCAUGUAAGGGAACUUUUGCAGCCUUGGACAAAACCUCUUAUAGUAGGUUUUCCUUGACAAAGCUGGUUUCUUAAAUGUAAUUUUACCUCAGUGGAGCUACAAAAGGUUAAUAUUAAGUAGAAUUUAUUUGUCCAUUUUAAAAUGUGUGGUAUUAUACAAAUCAUGGGGAUACUUAAAAAAUGAAAUCCUUGGGCCAACAGUUUGAAGCUUGCUGUGUUUUAUGCGUACCUUGAUUACCUUUUCUUUUUAUUUUUGUUAUGUCUAAGGGAAGUGUUAAAUUCCUUAUUGGCAUUAACUUUUUCUCAUGUGGUUGUGGGCAAAUCAUCUCUUUAAAUGAAAUGUCUGGCGGCGGUAGGUGUCGCUCACCAAAAAUCAUGCAAACUUAUUGGUGAGAAUCUGUCAAUCUUUUUAUUGUAAUUUGGUUAUGGGACUUUUAUUCUAUUUUUAUUUUCAAAAAUGGAGCUGAACUAAAGCUUAAAUUGAUUUCAGUUCAAUUAUUAGUUUUUCUGAAUUGUGCAGUGGUUUAUUUGGAAUUGUCAUUCCUAAAAACUGUAUCCAAAACUUUUUUUCAGUGCUUAUUGUGAGUUUUCAAAUUUUCAGAUUUGAUUUUCUUCACACAGCUCAGGAAAGAAUUAAACAGUUGACGAUAUUGGAUUGAACACGGUCUAUGGUUCGCCUUGAGGAUUGUAUCGAGUAUGAAUUGUUUUAGUUCCUAAACUGUUGUUGACUUGUUUUCUGUACAAGUAAUGAAUUUUGUUUCGUAGAGAUGUACCAGCUCACUUGUGUUGAAAUUAUAUGGAUUAUUCAUAAA